AUGUCCUUGUCCUUGUCUUGCAUGACACCAUUAACUCCACGCCCCUCACUGUUGCUGCCAUCACUGGCAACAGCGAGCAUGCCUUGCUCCUUCUCCCUACCACGUAUGAUGCCUGCCUCCAAAAACUCUCGUUCUGUGCAUCUUGUCGUCGGUUCAACAAGAUCUACUGCAAAGCUCAAGCAAGAACGGUACAAUGACAAUAUCGCAGGACUAAGUACCGAAUCUCAAACACUGCUUGCAGACAUGCAGCAUGAAGCUGUAGACAGCACAAACACAGGCAUCAUUGAUACUAUGGAUGCUAUGAACAGUGUGAGAUUCAGGCACUCAAGCUCCAGCGCUAAGGGUCUCGCGCUCCUCCUAUCUCACAUUCUUGAUGCAAGGAUUGCAGGUUAA